AGCUAGCAAAUGAAUUACUUUUCCUGAAUCUCUGGGCAUAUUAGGUAACAUAUGCAAUACAUAAAUCCCAUGUUCUCAUGUUUCUUAUGGCACGGAAAUUAGGCCAUUGUUGUAGUCCCUGACGCUAUCCCUCUCCCAAGGCACAACCUACAUGAUUUAUAUGCAUUAAUAUUCUUAGGUAAGCCACCUAAACUCCAGUGUCCUAAUUUCCUAUAUAAAGGAGUACCCUGUAUCAGCUCCAACACAAAGCCAAUUAAUAUAAACAUUAAACAAACUGUCUUCUUCUUUCUCUCCAUGGCUGAAUUACCAUAUCCCGAACAACCAUGCCCACCAUUGUCCCCUCCCGCGAUGGUCAAACGUGGCUCAAACCACCCUGUCCACCAGACCUUAGCCAGUGCAGCCAAUCUUGCUAACCUUCUACCUACCGGCACAGUCCUUGCCUUUCAGACCCUCACUCCUACUUUCUCCAACAAUGGGUCCUGCCAACUUUCCAAUAAGUUCCUUACAGCAUCUGUCAUUAUAUUUUGUGCUCUCCUUUGUUUCUUAUCUUCAUUUACGGAUAGCUUCAAGGACAAUGAUACUGAUGGGAAACUCUAUUAUGGCAUCGCCACAUUCAAAGGCCUCUACAUCUUUAACUGCAGUAAACUUGAGAACAUUAACAGAGACUUGGAAAAGUAUAAGAUCAAGUUCUUAGAUUUUGUUCACGCCUUUAUGUCACUCUUCGUGUUCUUGAUCUUUGCUCUUAGCAACUCCCAUGUGGAAAGCUGCUUCUUAUCUGGCGUGGGAAUAAACUACAGUGAGUUAGCAAUGAAUUUGCCACUAGGGGCUGGGAUUUUAUCAAGCUUCUUCUUCACAAUCUUUCCAACUGCUCGUAGAGGGAUCGGAUACACAGACAUGGUGCCCCGAGCAUAAUAUAUAGUAGCUUUUGUAAAACAUAAAUUAUGCAGAUGUGCAUUCCAAAGAAAACAAAAUUAUGCAGAUUUGGCUGGUGAUAUGAACUCCU